AAGUUGAUGUAACAGUUACUAGAGAAAUGAGACGAAGUUAAAACGCUGGACAGGGUGGAUCGGUAUAUAGUAAGACAGUUUUAUUAUUGGUAAAUGAUAUCUGACAAAUCGUGCUGCACGGAUCCGUUUGUCAAGUUCCUAGCGAACUAUCAAAAAGGAGUCCACAUACAUAGUGUCCAAUACAUUUUAUACAGGUAAUGACGUAGGUAGAUUCUGGCAGCUCGUGCUGCUGACUGGUCGUCGGUAGUGGAGGAUCGUCCCCUUCAGGCUGAUAUCAAUGUCUCAUUGGUUCAUGGUAAUGUUCUUUGUUCGUGGAACUCCCGCCUGAAACAGGGGUUUGUGUGUGUGUGUGUGUGUAUGCAUGCGCGUGCUCGUUGAGUGCCAUGCUGGUCUGGGUUGUCUCCUCUAUUGACAAGAUGUUGAUGCAGACACCCGCAACUGGCGCCUGAGGUCCGAGCGCCCCCCUGAGGUCCGAGCGCCCCCCUGCCUUAUCAGUGCUCAUCAAUGGUUUGUGUCAGCCAUCUCUCUCUGUGUGUGUGUGGGAGUGAGGUUAGUAUCUGGCACAGGCAGAACGAGUUCAUCUGUGGGGUGCAGCAAAGUAUUACAACAAAAUCUACUUUAGUAAAAAGGCAUUAUGUCAGCAUUGUAGCUAUGGGUUAAAGUCACAUAAAAAACAUAAUUUAUUACACAAGAAAAUGGCCUUAACUAAAUCCCCCUCUUCUAAUUUCCUCCCGUGAUCAAACCGCCAUAACAAAAAAAAUGAAACGCAGCCUAACGUGAUCAUUGACAGCUGCCUUGAAGGACACAAAUAAACAUUGCUUUCUGCUUCUUAGAUCAGUGGCUAAACUGACAACGGAGUGAAGAGCAGAAAUCUCAACUAGCAAGCUAGUCGCAGCAAUGAAGAAUUGAGUGUGUGCUAGUUCACGCGAAGGGGGGGAAAUUCUGUCAGGGGGGAGAUUUUUGGCACGACACCGGUCUCUCAGGCAGCCUCGCGGUCUGAUGAGGGUGGGAGAUCCGAGGAUCUGAACCCGAGGUAGAAGCCACCGGAGAGGGAGACAGAACCGAGCACAAAGACGCAGGUACCUCCGGAUCCGAUCUUGAAUGUGAAGCCCCCAAGGAAGAAGGCGCCGGAACCUCUGGAUCCAGAACGGCAAAGCUGUUUCUGGUCUGUCAGAUCCGGGUUCAACAUCUCCAUGGAGACCCCGGUUGGCAGAGGACGCUUUCUUCGACUUCCACGGCGAGUGACGUACAUCCAUAGCUGGUUGGGUGGGUCGAGAACGGCUCCGUUCUCCAGGGAAGGGGGUGACCCCUUCGGGGAUGGAACCCUGCUGAGCACCGGCCAGUCGUCUGUAGAGAGCCGACACGGCGGCGAAAAUUCCACCAGACCAGUGCCGCGUUCGGCAACUGGGUUGGAAGAAAAAUAAAAACUAACGGGCGUGUGUUCCCCAGUAGCUUGUGUAUGUUUGCUACUUGCUUGUUAGGAGUAGCCACGUCGCUCCUGUAGUACUCCACAAGCAAGCAGUUGCUACAUUGAAAGUCGGCGCGGUCCACAUUGACCCGGAACAAAGCAAAGUAAAUACGGUUCCCGCAGCACUAGAAACGUUCAAUAGUGGCCUGCAUUUGAUACCUCCGAGCCAGCUACCGCAGUAUCUCUCCCCCUAUGCGGACUGGCAGUUACAUUGAUUUCUAAUGUAACUGCGCACUGUUGAAGUUGGUGGAUCAGACAAUCUACUAAUGGGGUGCGUUUUCACAUGUUACGGUCAAUUCGGAGGAGUUCACGCUAUGGAGAGUGGAACGAACGGAAACAUCUCUUCCCAGCUUCACCUGAACAACCGCAUUAACGCGAAUGACAGGGUUGACACCUAUGGGUUUGAGAGGCCUGAGGGUUAUGAAUCCUAUGAGGAGAUGAUGGCUCAAUAUGUAGCCGUUCUCAACAGGCAGUCUACCAAGUGGUCCAAACUCCUGCAGGGGAAAGUCAACGUGGAAAAUAACCAGAAGGUGAAGCGGUACGUGCGUAAGGGUGUGCCCAACGAGCACCGAGCCCAGAUCUGGAUGGCAGCCAGCGGUGCCCAGGAACACCUGGAGAAGAACCCGGGGUACUACCACUCUCUGCUGGGCACCGAGCAGCAGCACGACGCCAAGCUGGAGGAGACAGUCCGCAUAGACAUGCACAGGACAUUCCCCGAAAACGUGCAGUUCCGGAAGAGCUCUGAGCCCUGUCUGCAGAAGGCCCUGUACAAUGUGCUGCUGGCAUACGGACACCACAACCAGGUUGUGGGAUACUGCCAGGGUAUGAAUUUCAUUGCAGGCUACCUCAUCAUCAUCACUAAGGAUGAAGAGAAGUCCUUCUGGCUGAUGGAUGCUUUAUUGGGAAGAAUACUCCCCGACUACUACAGCCCGGCCAUGCUGGGGUUGAAGACGGACCAGGAGGUGUUGGGGGAGCUGGUAAGGGUCAAAGCCCCAGCCGUGUGGCAGGCCAUGGUCCAACACAACGUCAUGUGGACCUUGGUGGUCUCCCAAUGGUUCAUCUGCCUCUACAUCGACGUCCUGCCUGUAGAGACAGUUCUGCGGAUCUGGGAUUGCCUGUUUUACGAGGGUUCUAAGAUCCUGUUCCGCGUGGCCUUGACUCUGAUUCGCCACCACCAGGCUGAGAUCCUGCAGGCCCGCUCCAUGGUCGAGGRGUGUGAGCGCUUCAAACUGAUCACCCAGGGAGCCUUUACAUACGACUGCCACACCUUCAUGCAGGAAAUCUUCAGGGAACCAGGAAGUCUCUCCAUGGCAACCAUCARUAAGCUGCGGGAGACGUACAGAGAGCGUAUCGUGGCGGAGGAGAACAGACUCUGCCCCUGACCACCACUAAUAACCUCCCUAAAGCAAUCGCCUUGCGGUUCGCCUGGCCGUGUUCCAGGUCAUUUUUGUUGCCCUGACGCUAAACAGAUUAUUAGAUCUCACAAUCCCUGGGGAAAUGUGUAAUAUCUCAGGAACCAUAUGAUGACAUCUGAGGUGCUAAAAUGGUCUGAGCGAUUGUAGUACCCCAUCUAACUGAAUAUUAUUUAUUUGUUCUCAGGUAGCAAUUCUUUGCAUUGUAAAAAGCUACCUGUAAUUUUCCUGUGAUAGGAUCUUGGAAACAAUAGGUUGGGAUAUGUCAGAGUGGAGGUUGUUUUUAUAUAUAUUUUUAUGAACCUUUUAUUUAGUCCAGAACAAAUUCUUAUUUUACAAUGACAGAU